CAAAAAAAAUUGCUAAUUAAGUUAUGAGGGGGUUUGAAGAAAAAUUGCUACUUAAGUUGCCGUAUCAUCACCCUCCUCAAUACCGGUAAAUAUGACAAAUUUUUUAGUGAGAUGUAACUUUGUCUUUUUUCAUUUUUUUUUUGUGAUACCCAAAUAUGAUUUCUUCUUUCCAUUCCCUUUACUCUUGAAAAGUGUUGAGAAACUUGCAGAGUGGCAGACCUGGUGAGUUAGUAGAGUAAGGGAAUGGAAGAGGAGAGAUUGGACUUUGUUCUUGUUCCAUUGGGCCUCUUUUUGAUGGGAAUUUACCACCUUUGGUUGUUCUUCACUAUUCGUAGCCAUCCCAGAAAAACCGUUAUUGGUCUCAAUGCUCAGUCUCGCCACCAAUGGGUCUCUUCAAUGAUGUCUGACCCUUUGAAGAAUGGCGUUUUGGCAGUUCAAACAAUACGCAAUAACAUCAUGGCAUCUACACUUUUGGCAACAACAGCAAUCACUCUCAGUUCACUGAUUGGUGUAUUUGUUAGCAGCUUUUCGAACUCUGGUGACAAAGUAUCUGCAUCGGUAAUAGUUUAUGGCAACAAGUCUCCUACUCUUUCUGCAAUCAAGUACUUUUCCAUCUUGCUAUGUUUCCUAGUUGCAUUUCUUUGCAAUGUACAGUCUAUAAGAUACUAUGCCCAUGUAAGUUUCUUGGUGACUGUGCCGACUUGGAAAGAUAGGAAAGACUCUAUGGAGUAUGUUGGAAGGAAUUUGAACCGAGGAAGCUUCUUUUGGUCUCUUGGACUGCGAGCAUUCUAUUUCUCUUUUCCUCUCUUUCUCUGGAUCUUUGGGCCUAUACCCAUGUUUGUUUGCUCCUUCAUAAUGGCAUUUGUUCUCUAUUUCUUGGACACAACCACUACUAUUACAAGGAAGCUUCAUAGUCACUCAUUUAAAGAGGAUCAGAGAAACAAUAGCGUGGAAGCAGCUGGUAAUCUAGUGUAAGUCCUGUUAAAAUUUAAUAUGAUGCCCCAAUAUUGAUUUCAAGUAUUAUCAUAUCAAAAGAGAAAUAAAAAGAAUUAUUCUUGUAUUGUUUAAAUAUUGGAGAGACCUGAUUUUACAUAUGGUAUUUUCCAUGAAUACCCUUGUUGUAUAAUAUGUAUUUUCCCAAGUAUUCUCCACUAUUGUUUGGCACUCAGACAGUAUGCUUGUGAGGUCUUUAAUCAUAUGAUUUCGUGCUGGAAAGCAAUUGUAGGUUAGGGUAUGUUCGGUGCACCGUGUAAGAGCUUCCUAUUGAAUUAAACAAAUACAAUAUUAUGUUUUCGUAGAUAUUUUA